AUGACACUGAACCCAAACUUGAAUCGAAAGAAGCAAAAAGUUACCCAAAAUCAGUACUCAGGAUAUACCAUUCCAUCAUCACCUGCGACUGAAAUAACCACCAUUGACACAGCUACGUCCUCAAUUACGGCCCGUGAGUUUUUUGCCAAGUUCAUAUCCCAACGCAAGCCAGUCAAACUUGUUAAUAGUAGUAGGACCAACGAGGCAUGUUUUCUUGAUGUUGAAAAGUUUCAAUUGAAUAAUUUACAAGCGACAUUAGCAUAUGAUGAUGAGCCUUUGCAAGUGGAGGAAUUAUUUCAAGGUGGAUUUGGACUGGGCCAGAAACGAGUCGAUAUGAUGUUGGGUGAUUUACUUCAUGAGUUUAAGACAGGUGAUAGUGAGUUAUAUUUGACUACUCAGUAUGACCGUGAAGGAGACAAUGAGGAAAAUGGAAAGGAGCACAAAGUGGGAGAUGAAGUGGAGGAAGGAUUGGCCGGUGAAAGAACAGAAGAACAAGAAGAACAACAACAACGACAACAACAAGAAGGAGAAGAAGAAGGAGAAGGAGAAGAAGAGGAGGAGGAGGAAGGGACUGCUUUAUUUGAACAAAUGUCAAAUGCCUCAUCAAUAGACAUGAAUGACCUACACGAUGACUUUGAUGACUUUGAAAAUCUUUCAAGUGACAACGAAGAUGAUGAUUCAGACUCCGAAUAUGAAGCUUAUCAACGAGUCAAGACAUUAUAUCAACCACCACUCACCAACCUUGCCAAAUCAUCAAAGGUUUUACCUACAAACCCACCACUUAUACCAAACUUAAUCCCUCAACAAAUUAAUAUUUGGAUGGGUAAAACCGGUCCCACCAACAGAGCCCAAUUCUCCAUUGACCCAUCACAACCAUUGACUGAAUUGGAUCGCAGCAUACCCAAUAACGGCACGAGCUCAGGACUACAUCAUGAUCAUGCUGAUAAUUUAUAUGUUUUGGUACAAGGACGCAAGAGGUUUACAAUAUACAGUCCAAACGAUGCUAGUAAAUUGUAUACAGUGGGCAAAAUACAUAAGAUUUUCAAUAAUGGAGUCAUUGAUUAUGAAGUUGAUGAACAAUUUCCUAAUUGGAGACUGAUUCGCGAUGAUGGGGCAAUGAUUGAAGAUGUUUUGAAUUGGCAAAUCAGUCAAACUCAAGACAAGGAGGAGCUUGAACAAUUGAAUGAAUUGCUUUCAAUUCAGGAAUCGAAACGAAAAUGUCACUGCAACAAGAGUCAACAAGAUGAAGAGGCAAAUUUAAAUGGUAAUCGAGAGCAACUGCAUGAUCCUCCUAGCUUUUCCAAAAUCCCACCGGCACUACUACACGUCGAUGAAGUCGAUGAUCCUAAACAACAACAAAGACUAAUAGAGUUUGCUAAUACUCAUUUCCCAGGAUUCUUGCAGUUGAAGAAAAUCACCGUAUGGCUAGAACCAGGACAUAUGUUGUACCUUCCAGCAAGCUGGUUUCACGAAGUAUCUAGUUUUGGCGAGGAAUGUGAUGCAAAGGACAACAAUAGUGGUGGGAAAGGGGUACAUAUUGCAUUGAAUUAUUGGUUUGUGCCACCCAACACUGACAAUUUUGACAAUUGUUAUAAAGACCAGUAUUGGCAACAGGAUUGGGAAGAGACUAAACAGGCACUCGGUGUAUUCAUAGAUGCAAGUAAACCCACCACCUAA